AUGUAUGAUCCCUUUUCAUCCUUUUCCCCGUUCACCUUUCCCUUCGCACCUGCUCAUCAAAUCCGUCCAAAGCCACCAUCACAAGUUCGACUCCUAUUCUUCUUUCUCCCAGCUCACGUUUCCCACCUUCUUCACCUUCCGCCACACCUCUUUCCUCCUCGUUUCCUCGCUCGAAGCAGCACAAGCCUGCUAUCAUCUAUGCGUCCGUUGAUAUCCUUUCCUCUUUCUAAUUCUGCCUUCUAUGUCUCCCUGCCUCUCGUGUCCUUUCUAAACGGCAGUACACACCUCCCUCACCCUGCUGGAGCAGCUGGUGGCGUUGGCAUCUACUCAAGAGUCUUUGUCACUCCACCUGCCUUGCUUCCCCUCACUGCCUUCCAUUUCUCCCUGCCUCUCGUGUCCUUUCUAAACGGCAGUACACACCUCCCUCACCCUGCUGGAGCCGCUGGUGGCGUUGGCAUCUACUCAAGAGUCUUUGUCACUCCACCUGCCUUGCUUCCCCUCACUGCCUUCCAUUUCUCCCUGCCUCUCGUGUCCUUUCUAAACGGCAGUACACACCUCCCUCACCCUGCUGGAGCAGCUGGUGGCGUUUGCAUCUACUCAAGAGUCUUUGUCACUCCACCUGCCUUGCUUCCCCUCACUGCCUUCCAUUUCUCCCUGCCUCUCGUGUCCUUUCUAAACGGCAGUACACACCUCCCUCACCCUGCUGGAGCAGCUGGUGGCGUUGGCAUCUACUCAAGAGUCUUUGUCACUCCACCUGCCUUCCUUCCCCUCACUGCCUUCCAUUUCUCCCUGCCUCUCGUUUCCUUUCUAAACGGCAGUACACACCUCCCUCACCCUGCUGCAGCAGCUGGUGGAGUUGCAUCAGCCCAACCUGCUGGUGAUGAUGGUGUUGCUGCUGCUGCUGCUGCUGCUGCUGCUGUCAGUGGUGAUAUUGCUGAUGUUCAAAGUACGAAUGCUGCUGCUGCCAGUGCUGACGAUGAUGGUUCUGAUGACGAGAACCAUUUGGGAGGAGCAGCAGGAGGGACAAGAAGCAGUGUAACAAUGCAAGCUGAUGUGGUAACCAUGAUGGCAGCUGUGCUGGAAAUGCUCAAGGAAGACCUUCAAAUGAAGCUCACUAUCGUUGCAGACCUCUCCCUAUCCACGUCAGCUGCGCAUGUGGCGUCAUAUUCGAUGAUCGCGAGAAAAACGGCAGCCGUCGCAAGUUUGAAAGCGGCAGCGGAAGAAUCUGCGCGAGAGGCAGAUGCUGUCAGCGGCAAAGGGCAGCAUCGAGGAAAGUUCGUGAACGCUCACCAAGCGAGGCUCGCCAAGAUCGAAGCGGCCAAGGCCAAGAGAGCAGCAGCCGCUGCUGCCGCGUCCGGUGGUGCUGCUGCUAAUUCCGCUUCUAAGUCUUAUAAUUCCGCCAAUGGAUUGGGUGACCAGCGAACGCUUGCCAUGGCGAUUCCGGCCAGCGAAGUGGCGGCGAGUGCAGCGGCCGCGUUCGCUUUCACGGCCGCCAAUCGCAGCUGCAUCAUCGUCAGUCCGAAGCAGAGAGGCAACCCCGUGCUUUCUCACAUCAGGAACGUGAGGUGGGCGUUUGGGGAGAUCACGCCAGACUAUCUCCUCUCCCCCUCCUCAUGCGCGCUCUUCCUCUCCUUGCGAUACCACCUGCUGCACCCAGACUACCUCUAUUUCCGAAUCAGGGAGCUGCAGAAGAGCUUCCGCCUGCGAAUCGUGCUGUGCCACGUGGACGUUGAUGACGUCACCAAGCCACUGCAUGAUAUCACCAAGACAGCCCUUUUGAAUGAUUGCACUCUCCUUUGCGCAUGGAGUCCCAACGAGUGUGCGCGGUACCUGGAGACUCUCAAGAGCUAUGAGAACAAACCGGCAAACGGCAUUCAGGAGCGGGUGGACAGUGAUUAUAUCUCACGGUAUGCUGUUCGAUGCUCUCACUCGCUCCCUCCUCUUGCCCCCCUCAACUUCAUUUGUGAUGUCAACCACACCAAUGCUCUCACUCCCUCCCUCCAAAUUCAUGUCGGGAGUAGCAGCGCCCUAACAUCUAUUCUCACUCCCUCCCCCCUCUUGCCCCUCAACUUCUUUUGUGAUGCCAAUCGCGACGAUGCUCUCAAACUCUCCCUCCCGUCGUUAAACCCCCUUCACUAG